AUGGGGCAGCAGUCGCUCAUCUACGCGUUCGUGGCCCGCGGCACGGUGGUGCUGGCCGAGUACACCGAGUUCACCGGCAACUUCACCACCAUCGCCUCCCAGUGCCUCGUCAAGCUCCCCGCCAGCAACAACAAGUUCACCUACAACUGCGACGGCCACACCUUCAACUACCUCGUCGAGGACGGCUUCACAUACUGUGUGGUUGCUGUGGAAUCAGUGGGGCAACAGAUGCCAAUUGCUUUCUUGGUUCGGGUUAAGGACGAUUUCAGCAAAAGAUAUGCUGGUGGGAAAGCUGCUACUGCUGCACCAAGCAGCCUCAACAGAGAGUUUGGGUCAAAACUCAAAGAGCACAUGCAGUACUGUGUAGACCACCCUGAAGAGAUAAACAAGCUCGCUAAAGUGCAAGCACAAGUUUCAGAAGUCAAGAACGUGAUGAUGGAAAACAUUGAGAAGGUUCUUGAUCGCGGGGAGAAGAUUGAGCUGCUGGUUGACAAGACAGAGAAUCUCCGCUCACAGGCCCAAGAUUUCAGGCAGCAAGGAACACAGGUGAGGAGAAAGAUGUGGCUACAAAACAUGAAGAUCAAGCUGAUUGUCCUGGGCAUCAUCGUCGCGCUCAUCCUCAUCAUAAUCCUGUCGGUGUGCCAUGGGUUCAACUGUGGCAAGUCCAAGUGAGGACUACUCGAGGUCGUGAGACACAUUCAACUGUCCUUAUAUUACUGCUGAUUCGAGCAAAACCCAUAUAUGGUGCUUAGUGUUCUUUCUUCUCUAGUGUGCGCUGGCCCGGGCCGUGGUGCCUGUGGGUGGGUCUGUGUUUUCGUUGUCGUCGUGUUGGGAUGUUCGCUUACCGCCGGAUGGGUGGUGGCUGGGUCGGCGGGUCGUGUAUUUUUGGACGCUAUGUAUGUAUAGCUUGGAUCUUGACAUCUUUGUUCUAUUGUUAUAUGAUGAUGAGGAUGAGUAGUAGAUUUACUUAAUUGGAGUCGGAA